AUGGAACUUGUCCAAUCGGACCCAACCCAGGAUCCGGAACCCCGGUACGAUCCACGCUGCUGUUCGUGUUUCCCCAACUUCCGCUCAAGAAGCUCCACAGCCGUUGGAUACUCUGCCUGGGGACGAAUUCAAACCGCUGAUGAUAAUCACAGCGGCGACCACAGCGACGAGCCACGGUGGUGGAAACGUGCGGCUCUGAAGAUCCGAGAGUGGUCUGAAAUCGUAGCUGGUCCACGUUGGAAGACUUUCAUCCGGCGAUUUAAUCGCGAUCCACGGCGCGGCCGCGAUUGGGACGCAAGCGAGAAGUUCCAGUACGAUCCUUUGAGUUACUCUCUAAAUUUCGACGACGACGACGAAGACGAAUACGUCGGAUUGGGUGGAUACCGAAGCUUCUCCACUCGCUAUGCUUCUGUUCCGGUCACCUCAGGUAAACCUCCGGCGGUUUCGCCGCGGUCUUCGUCUGCGUUGACGCCGCGUAAGGAGAUAAUGGAAAGUUAG